AUGGUGGUGAAGUAUAACAAUGAAGAGGACUCCAUGGCACGUCUUAUUGAUUCAAUUUUCCCGAGCUUGAGUAGUAAUGCUGAAUCAUCUACUUACAUGACAACUCGAGCGAUAUUAGCAUCUAAAAAUGAGGAAGUUGAUAAAUUGAAUGAUAAGUUAAUUUCUAUGUUUUCGGGAGAAGUAAGAACAUUUCAAAGUUUCGAUGAAGCUAUCGAUGAUACAAAUAAUAACUAUGAAGAAGAUUUUCUCAAUUCUUUGACUCCAAAUGGCUUGCCUCCGCAUAAGUUGGUCUUGAAGAGAAAUUGUCCAAUAAUCCUCCUAAGGAAUUUGGACCCAUCAAAUGAACUGUGCAAUGGUACAAGAAUGGUGUGUAGGAAUUUCAAAUCCAAUGUCAUUGAUGCGGAAAUAGUAUUUGGCCAACACGCCGGAAAACAUGCUUUCAUUCCUAGAAUACCACUUUCGCUAGCUGAAAAUGAGGGUUAUCCUUUCAAAUUCAAGCGUAAGCAAUUUCCGAUUAGACUUUGCUUCGCUAUGACAAUCAACAAAACACAGGGCCAAACAAUUCCUAAUAUAGGAGUCUAUUUGCCUCAACCAGUGUUCUCUCAUGGCCAACUAUAUGUAGCUCUAUCAAGAGGAACUUCAUCAUCGACAACAAAAGUUCUAAUCAAGCCUGAUACCAACAAUAUUCGAGAAAAAAGGGCAACAAAAAAUGUUGUUUACAAAGAAGUUCUAAAUGCAGAUCUCGAAUACAAAUUCGAUGAAACCUUCUAUGUGACUGAAAUUGGGUGGAUGAAUAGUGCAUCUUUCAAAAGCUGCCUCAGAUCAUAA